AUGCAGACUACAUAUACGAGAACUGUCGAUGGUGAAUGGAGUGAAUGGUCAUCUUGGGAAAUUUGCAGUGUGACCUGUAACGGAGGAUUUCAGGAUAGAAAUCGGAAAUGUGAUCAUCCACCACCAUCUAACGGAGGAAUGUAUUGCAAUGAAACAACGACAGAAAGUCGUUCUUGCAACAUCGUUAGCUGUGAAAUUGACGGACAAUGGAGUACAUGGCAAGAAUGGCGACCUUGCAAUACAACGUGUGGGAACGGAUCCAAACACCGAAUCCGGAAAUGUGACAGUCCUUCGCCGUACUUCGGGGGCUCUGAAUGUAUCGGACUUGAUUUUGACAUUCAAACAUGCUAUCAAGACAUAUGUCCAGAUGCACAUCUACAAGUCAAAGUGGAAACAUCAAAUACGGUCUCAUCUGCACUGCUUGGAGGUGUGGCAGUUGUUUGUAUUAUCGUUACUGGUGUCAUUACAUGUAUAGCUUUAUUUGUAUUCCGCAGGUUCAGACCUACUAAAGUUGCAAAAAGAAAGAGACAUGGAUGCAACACCGAACGUCUAGAUGAGUUAAGAGUAACUAGUCAACAAAAUGAUUAUGAUUGCAUCGGAAGGGCUAGUGGUAUACAGAGUGGCGUUUAUGACACCUGCAGAAAUACUAAUAGUGAUGCCUAUGCUAAUACACAAUUCGCUGCUGAAAAUAUUGAAACAGGUGCUCGUGCUAACCAUUCAUGCAAUGCUGACAAUAUGGAAUCAGGCGCUCAUGCUAACAUUCCAUGCAAUGCUGACAAUGUGGAGGAACUAUACGAAAAUCUGAAAAUAACCUGAAGCUGUUUGAUACAACUGAAUAGUUAUAAAACUUUUAGUGUUAUGACAUUCCGACUUAUAUAUUUAUAAUAACACUAAUAUGGUCAUCCAUUGUUUGUUGGAUGUGUACUGUUUAAUAUAUUAGUCUCAGAUGCAUGUUUUUAUCAGUUGGUAUUGGCAUUGCAAACCUAGUAGCUGUCAUUAACAGCAACUUCUCUCAGAUAUUUCCUUAUUGUCUUUUGGUUGUGUGUAUAUUUAAGUACACUGCUACGUCCAUGUUGUGUUGUGUAAUAUAUGUUUCUGCUCUAUAUUGAUCUGAUAAGUUAUGCUCUUUUCAACUUAUUUGAUAGUUUGGUCGUAU